ACUGCUACUCGACGCCUGUCCGUCCAGACUCUCCGUCCGCACUGCCCUCGCGUCCCCCCGUCAAUCCCUCGUCACCGUCGUCGACAGCGGUUAUCAUACCCCGCCACUCCGUGAUUCACGCCUUGUGGGUCCGCCCAGUCACAGCGUCACGCUCACGCUCACAUUUACGCUGCGAUCCUUGCUGCAGCGCCCACCAUGGCCUCGCCGUCACGACCAGACACGCCCCCGCGCCGACCGGACGUGAAGCGCAAACUCGUAGUUGUAGGUGAUGGUGGCUGUGGCAAGACAUGUCUGCUGAUCGUCUACGCAGAGAACCGCUUCCCCGAGGCGUAUAUACCAACCGUGUUCGAGAACUACGUGACAAUGGUGCAGUUCGACGGCAAGCUCGUCGAGCUCGCGCUCUGGGAUACAGCGGGGCAGGAGGAGUACGACCGGCUGCGACCGCUGAGCUACCCAGAGAGCAACGUCAUCCUCAUCGUUUUCUCCAUCGACUUUCCCGUCAGUCUGCUAAACGUGCAAGAUAAAUGGUACCCAGAAGUCGCACACUUCUGUGAAGGAGUGCCCAUAAUCUUGGUCGGAACGAAGAUCGACCUGAGGCGGGACGAGCAGACGAAGCGGAUGCUGAGCGCUCAAGGACUGACACCCGUGACGACAGACCAGGGUGCGAGCGUCGCGCGCGAGAUAGGCGCAAAAUACAUCGAAUGCUCUGCAAAGCUGGGAACGGGUGUGCAGGAGGUUUUCACUCUCGCACUGAAGGAGAGCAUGAGGGGCAAGUGGACAACCCUCGUGAAGCAGCGGCGGUGCGUAGUGACGUGAUUACCCUCUGUGCACGAUAGUUUUGGAAUCUGGAUGGAUGGUCUCUCAUGCGUCCCGCGCGCCGCUUUCCUAUUGCUUUUAGUGGACUGUACAU